GUUUUGUUGUUAGUUUUGGUGUUGGUGUUGGUGGUUGUGAUUGUUUGUGAGGGUUUGUGAUGGGUUUGUUUUUGAGGAUGGAUGGGUAUGACUGGGGAGGGGGGGGAUGGAGAUGGAUGUACCCUGAAGGAAUAAAGAUUAAAGAAUGGAGUGAAAGAUUGGGAUUGGAGAUUGAAUGCGAUGCGAUGCGAUGCUUGCUGGAUAAGAAAAAAAAAACGAUGAUUUGGGGAGGAGGUUUGGAGGGUUUUAUAUCUUUCCCACCCCCCAAUCCCUCUUGUCCGUAUGUCUGUAUGAGUAUGUUCGUGCUACUCGUUGCUGGAAUCGGUUAUCUGACCCGAUUCCGAGGUGUUGAACUGAUUUCCUGAUUCUUGGUUCUCGUGUGGAUUGGAUUGGAUAGGGGGGGGGGGGAAGGGUUGUGUGUUUGGGUGUUUGGGUGUUUGGG